GUGAUGUGGGAGCCUGAUCCAUUUUUUUUUCGAACGUAGCAAAUAGUAGGAGGUCAUUUUUGUCAAAAGAAUUGAAAACAAUAGUAAAUGGUACUCCACAAAUAGGCCUUAGCCUUGUGGAUGAGGCGCGCCAAAACCUGUCUGCAACGACCAACUUCCAGUCAUGGCCUUUCCUUUUUCCUCCACCAUUUUCUCUCACAAGCUCUCCCUUAAUGUCUCUGUUACUCCCUCAUCUCGAAGGCAAAGUUUAAUGCCAACCUGUUUCGUGUUUUGCUUCAAUAAAAUGCCUAACAAAUAUCCAAAAUCAUUGGCUUGCUUCAGAAUUCCUUGCAUGUUCGCCAAGGAUCUCAGAAAGAAACUGGUAGACCAAUGUAAUGUCCCCUUAAACUUGGAGAGGCCUAGUAAUGGACAUGAAAGGAAACUUGAGAGAUUGAUUGCUUUGAUCCUACUGCUUGUUCAAAUUUCUGCUCCGCUUCCUUUUCUUGGUUUGGAGCCAUGGUCUUCGCCUCCUGCAAUGGCAGUACUUUAUUCUCCAGAUACCAAGGUUCCAAGAACAGGAGAGCUAGCACUAAGGAGAGCAAUUCCUGCAAACACAAACAUGAAGGCUAUACAGGAUUCUCUGGAAGACAUAUCAUACUUGUUAAGAAUUCCACAGAGGAAGCCUUAUGGAACCAUGGAAAGCAAUGUGAAGAAAGCUUUAAAGAUAGCAAAAGACGAAAAGGAUUCAAUUUUGGCAAGUGUUCCUGCAGAUCUAAAGGAAAAGGGUUCAACAUUGUACACAUCUCUUGUUGAUGGAAAGGGUGGAUUACAAUCACUUAUUGAAGCCAUUAAGGAAAAUGACGCAGACAAAGUGUCUAUACGCCUUGCAUCUUCACUGGAUACAGUCGCUGAUUUAGAGUUGUUGCAGGCUCCAGGGUUGUCAUUUCUGUUGCCUGAACAAUAUACUAAAUAUCCCAGGCUGACAGGGAGAGGAAUUGUUGAAUUUACCAUUGAGAAAGGAGAUGGUUCAACAUUUUCACCAGAGUCUGGUGGUGAACAAAGAAAGACUGCCACCAUACUGGUUGUCAUAGAUGGGUAUUCAGCACCAUUAGCAGCGGGGAAUUUCGCAAAACUGGUAAUUGAUGGUGCCUACAAUGGAUCAAAGCUCAAUUUGUCCAAUCAAGCCAUUCUUUCAGAAAAGGGACAAGAUAAGAACAAUGGUUAUAGUGUUCCUCUUGAAAUAAAGCCAUCCGGGCAGUUUGAGCCUUUGUACAAAACAACUCUAAGUGUCCAGGAUGGAGAAUUACCAGUUCUCCCUCUAUCUGUCUACGGUGCAGUUGCCAUGGCUCAUAGUGAAGUCUCUGAGGAGUAUUCAUCACCCUAUCAAUUUUUCUUCUAUCUGUAUGAUAAGCGAAAUGCUGGCUUAGGAGGGUUGUCGUUCGAUGAAGGACAAUUUUCGGUUUUGGGAUACACAACAAUUGGGAGAAACAUUCUGCCGCAGAUAAAGACAGGAGAUGUGAUCCUAUCCGCGAAGCUGGUAGAAGGACAAGAUCGUCUCAUAUUGCCAAGUGAGAGUUGAUUUUGAUUAUCUUGGCAAAUUAGGACCACAAUUCUCAUUCUUUAUAUGAUGUUUUCGUGUCAAAUUCUAGCAGCCAGAUUUUCUUGGUGCAGGUUGUUUCAAUUUUCAAGUUUGUAUGCCAUGUUUCUUGUUGUAUUCUUCUACAAUCUCUAGUCACCAAGGUCCUUGCUUUGACCAUGUAAUACUCUUUACACAUCAUUAUUGAUAGACAAUUUUACUGGCCA